UGCCGCCAGCCGAGCCUCUGGUAACCUUGGUAACAGCGCCCGCCCACGCGCCGCCGGAUUACGAUUGGUCGGCGCCUCCAAAGACCGAAUGCGAAUUCCUCAGACCAUUGGCUCGAGUCACCGCGAAGCUGACGCCGUGGUUGGUGAGCCUCGAGGUCAGUCAGAGGCAGAGGCAGGGUCAAAUAGGGAGAAAUGGCGACGGAGCCAAGCCGUGGGCCCAUCUUUGGAGCAAGAUAUGAGAACUGUGGUCCAGCCUCAAGCCUCGACUUAGUUGGAGCUUGAGACACUGUGCCUCCUGCAUAGCAGGCUCACGGACAAGGUGUUGUGACCCCAGCAUCUAGACAUCGCCCGUCUCCCCCAUGGCCCUGACAAUGCUGAAUGAGCUCCUGGUUGAGGACCCAAGCCCACCUCUGCUGCUCUACCAGGUUAGCGAGACUGCCCAGUUAGAUACCCUCAACUAUCAGAGCUGCUUUAUGCAGGGCAUCUUUGCCCAUUUCCCUGAAAUCUUAUUUAUCCACCGGACCUACAACCCAAGAGGCAAGGUGUUAUACACCUUCCUGGUAGAUGGGCCUCGGGUACAGCUGGAGGGGCAUCUUGCCAGGACAGUGUACUUUGCCAUUCCUGCCAAGGAGGAUGCCGAAGGCCUGGCUCAGAUGUUCCAGGUGUUCAAAAAGUUUAACCCGGCAUGGGAGAGAGUCUGUACCAUCUUGGUGGACCCCCACUUCCUCCCCCUCCCCACCUUAGCCAUGGAGUUCCCUGCAGCUGAAGUCCUGCUGUCCGCCUUCCACAUUUGUAAGUUUCUGCAGGGCAAGUUCUACCAGCUGUCCCUUGAGCAGCCUGUGGAGAGAGUGCUUCUGACCUCCCUGCAGAGCACAAUGUGUUCGGCCACCGCAGGCAACCUGAGGAAGUUGUACACAUUGCUGAGCAACUGCAUCCCCCCGGCCCAGCUGCCCGAGCUCCACUCACACUGGCUGCUCAACGACCGGAUCUGGCUGGCUCACCGCUGGAGAAGCCGAGCCGAGAGCAGCCGCUACUUCCAGGGCCUGGAGGCCACCACCCGCGUCCUCAGCCAGUUCUUUGGCACCAGCCCAUCUGUGGAGCAAGGCAUGACCUCUCUGCUUCGAUACAUGCAGCAGCACUCUGGAGACAAGGCAAGUUUCAGCCUGGGCUUGAGUUCCCAAAACAAUCACGCUCCCUCGGACGUCAGCCCUGAAAGCCCCAAAGUGGAGCAGUUGGUAGAAGCGCGCAUCCAGCACUCCCUCAAUGCCAUCUGCACGGGCCCAGCAGCCCAGCUUUGUCUGGGUGAGCUUGCUGUGGUCCAGAAAUCCAUGCACCUCAUUGGCUCCGGCUCAGAGAAGGUCAACAUACAGAUCCUAGAGGACACCCACAGGGUGCAGCCCCAGCCUCCCGCCAGCUGCAGCUGCUACUUUAACCAGGCCUUCCGCUUGCCCUGCCGCCACAUCCUCGCCAUGCUCAGCGCCCGCCGCCAGGUGCUGCAGCCCAACAUGCUGCCAGCCCAGUGGACAGCAGGCUGUGCUGCCAGCCUAGACGACAUCCUGGGCAGCAAGUGGAGUGAGACCCUGGAUAAGCACUUGACGGUGGCCCUGCUCACGGAGGAGGUGGGCCAGCUGCUGCAGCACUGCAGCCAGGAGGAGUUUGAACGGCGGUACAGCACCCUGCGGGAGCUGGCCGACAGCUGGAUUGGGCCUUAUGAGCAGGUCCAGCUCUGAUGAGUCACCGCCCAGGAGCACGUCCACUUGCACACACUCGUGCCCCCCCACACUCACUAUUGCACCGCCAUGGGCCUCCUUCCAGACAGAGGCUCUUCUGCAGCCCAUCUAACGGGGGCUCAUUUCCCCAGUCAAGGAGGCAGGGAAGCUCUCCUGUGAGGGCCCAUGAGUAAAACUAUUGUCGGCUUUGCUGACCAGAGUAUAGUCCCUUAUAUAGUCUCGGGGGGUGGGGGAGGGGAGGUUUGCUGCUGACACCUCUCGGAAGGGAAACCCAUUAUUAGCCCAAGGGCCUUACAAAAAGUCAAGGUGCCCCUGCUCUUGAGAUCAGAGGUGAGACGCUGGGUAAAGACAAGGCCUGGGGCUUGCCAGGCUUCCCCAACCCUGUGACUCUCCUGACCCCUCUCACCUGAGCAAGCUGGCCUGGGAGGCUUCCCACAGGGGAGACCGCUCAGGAGAGGUAGUGCAGCCAGCCUCCCGCACCCCUUCCUGACCUCAUUAAAGUUGAAUGUUGCCU